GCUCGUUGCAGCGACUGCGGCUGCGCGGCAGAUUCGAAUCGGCGGCGGCUCCUCCACAGCAGCGUAGUGGGGGGGUUCCGGCUGGCUCGCGUCCUCUCGCCAUGGAUAACCCGGAAAAUGUCUUUCAAAUGUUCGAAGCCCAUAUGCAGAGCUACAAGGGCGAUGACCCACUUGGUGAAUGGGAAAGUUAUGUGCGAUGGGUAGAAGAGAAUUUUCCUGAGAAUAAAGAAUACUUGACAACUUUAUUAGAGCAUCUAAUGAAGGAAUUUUUAGAUAAGAAGAGAUACCACAGUGACCCAAGGUUCAUCAAUUAUUGUUUAAAAUUUGCCGAGUACAACAGUGACCUUCAUCAGUUUUUUGAGUUUCUCCACAACCAUGGUGUCGGGAUCCGGUCAGCUCCUCUGUACAUAGCCUGGGCUGGUCAUCUGGAAGGCCAGGGAGAAUGGCAGCAAGCCAGCACUGUUUUUCACAGAGGAAUUCAAAACCAGGCUGAACCUAGAGAGCUGCUGCAACAGCAGUACAGGUUGUUUCAGACACGCCUUGCGGAAACCCAUUUACCGACUCAAGCGAGAAUUUUAGAACCUCUGCAUGAUGCUCAGAUUAUAAACCAAAUGGUAACAUCAAAAUCAAAUCCAGGAAAUAACUCAGCCUGUGUUUCUAAGAAGCAGGGUUCAGAGCUUUCUGGAGUAAUAUCUUCAGCUUGUGAUAAAGAGCCGAAUAUGGAACAGAGGGUGAUCAUGAUUUCUAAAUCAGAAUAUUCUGCACACUCAUCUUUGGCGGCCAAAACUGACAUUCAGCAGGUUGUUAUGUAUUGCAAGGAGAAGCUUAUUUGUGGAGAAUCAGAAUUUUCCUUUGAAGAACUGAGAGCCCAGAAAUACAAUCAGCGGAGGAAACAUGAGCAAUGGGUCCAUGAAGACAGGCAUUAUAUGAAAAGGAAAGAAGCAAAUGCUUUUGAAGAACAACUAUUAAAACAGAAAAUGGAUGAACUUCAUAAGAAAUUGCACCAAGUGGUGGAGCUGUCGCAUGAGAACCCGCCUUCCUCCCAGGACAGGUCUGAGGUUAAUCUAGCACAGGUAGGGCUGCAUGCAGGCUCCCUGCAGGAGCUCGGAGCACCGAGUCUACCAGCUGUCAAUCAGCAGCCAUCAAAGAAUGCAGGAGAGAAACCCAGGGAGGCACCUCCUGUUGUUCCUCUUACAACAAAUGCUGUCACCGCUACUUUGGUGUCCCCAGCCAUCAACCAGAGUGUAGCUCCCCUGGUUCUUCUGACAGCCCAACCAGUGACAGAUACCAUGUUUACAGUGACCGACAAAGCUGCCAGAUGUAUGAAUCGAAGUACUCAUGAAUUCAAGCCACAGAAUGGAGCAGAGAUGAAAGAAGGGUGUGAAACACAUAAGGUUGUUAAUACAAGUUCUUUUCACACCACUCCGAACACAUCAUUGGGACUGGUUCAGGCAACACCAUCCAAAGUGCAGCCAUCCCCCACCGUGCACACAAAAGAAGCAUUAGGUUUCAUCAUGAAUAUGUUUCAGGCUCCUACACUUCCUGAUGUUUCCGAUGACCAAGAUGAAUGGCCAUCUCUAGGUCAAAAUGAAGAUGCUUUUGAAGCCCAGUUUCAAAUUUUUUACUCUGUUGCAGAAAAUGCAAAGUCUUCUGGGGCUUGGGGAGUCAAUAAGAUUAUCUCUUCUUUGUCAUCUGCUUUUCCCGUGUUUGAAGAUGGAAACAAAGAAAAUUAUGGAUUACCACAGCCUAAAAAUAAACCCACAGGAGCCAGGACCUUUGGAGAACGCUCUGUGAGCAGAUUUCCUUCAAAACCAAAUGAAGUACCUCACACAGAAGAAUUUCUGGAUGAUUCAACCGUAUGGGGUCCCCGCUGCAACAAAACCCUGGCACCCAGUCCCAAGGGCCCCGGAGACUUCACGUCUGCUGCACAGCUUGCGUCUACACCCUUCCACAAACUUCCAGUGGAUUCAGUGCACCCUCUAGAAGAUAAAGAAAAUGUGGUAGCAAAACAGUAUACCCACAUGACUUUGGAUUCUUGUGAAAGAAACCUGGUGGAAACCUCGAAAGAAAGAAAGUUCAGUCCUAUUCAAGAGAAAAGUCCAGAACUAGUGUUCCCCACAGAUGUCUCUUCAGCGUCCUUGCUCCGUCUGGGCCAGCCUGCUGCAGCUGUGCUGACCAGCGAGGCAGAGCAGGGCCUCAAGGCUUGUAAACUCACAGACCCCGCUGAUCUUGCCACUGCAGAGGAUCCAACAGAUGCCAGUGCCAGGCUCCAGGCAGAACAGAUGCAGACUGGCUACCCUGGGCAUGUCAGUGCUCCAGACUUCACUGUUGAGAAUCCCUGGGACGAGGAGUUGAUUCUCAAACUUUUAUCCGGGCUUUCUAAGCCAGUGAGUUCCUAUCCAAAUAUCUAUGAGUGGCAGUGUAAACUUCCAGCCAUCAAGCCCAAGACUGAAUUUCAAUUGGGUUCUCUGGUGGUCUAUAUUGAUCACCUUCUUGGAGAAGGGGCUUUUGCCCAAGUCUAUGAAGUUACCCACGGGGAUGUGAACGAUAACAAAAACAAACAGAAAUUUGUUCUGAAGGUCCAGAAGCCUGCCAACCCCUGGGAAUUCUACAUUGGGACCCAGCUCAUGGAGAGACUAAAGCCAAGUAUGCGGCACAUGUUUAUCAAAUUCUAUUCUGCCCACCUGUUCCAGAAUGGCAGUGUGUUAGUAGGAGAUCUCUACAGCUACGGGACAUUAUUGAAUGCCAUUAACCUCUAUAAAAAUACCCCUGAGAAAGUGAUGCCUCAAGCUCUAGUCCUCACUUUUGCCAUCAGGAUGCUCUGCAUGAUUGAACAAGUCCAUGACUGUGAAAUCAUCCAUGGAGACAUCAAGCCAGACAACUUCAUACUUGGAAACAGAUUUUUGGAACAGGACGGUGAGGAUGAUGGCUUGGCACUGAUUGACCUGGGUCAGAGUAUAGACAUGAAACUUUUUCCAAAAGGAACUGCAUUUACGGGAAAGUGUGAAACAUCUGGUUUUCAGUGUGUUGAGAUGCUCAGUAACAGGCCCUGGAACUACCAGAUUGAUUACUUUGGAGUUGCUGCGACAGUGUACUGCAUGCUUUUUGGCACGUACAUGAAAGUGAAAAAUGAAGGAGGGGUCUGGAAGCCUGAAGGUCUAUUUAGAAGGCUUCCUCACUUGGAUAUGUGGAAUGAAUUUUUUCACAUAAUGUUGAAUAUACCAGAUUGUCAUCAUCUCCCACCUUUGGAUUUAAUAAGGCAGAAGCUAAAGCAAGUAUUUCAAGAACACUAUGCAAACAAGAUUAAGACCCUACGUAAUAGGCUAAUUGUACUACUCUUGGAAUAUAAGCGUUCUCGAAAAUAAAAUAUGGACACUUCCUAAAACUCACUCUGUAAAUGCUGGCCUGCUCAAGUUGGACCUUGAUGUUUCCACAUUUAUUAUUUAUGUAAAUGUUUCUUAAAAAUAAAGUCCACAAAGUAGAUCCA